CGCCUGCGCAAGUCAUUUGGCGCCAAGAUGGCGAUGGAGAUGAGGCUUCCCGUUGCUCGCAAACCUCUUAGCGAAAGCCUGGGCCGCGAAAGUAAGAAACACUUGGUGGUGCCGGGAGACACGAUCACCACGGACACAGGCUUCAUGCGGGGCCAUGGAACUUACAUGGGGGAAGAGAAACUCAUUGCAUCUGUGGCUGGCUCUGUGGAGAGAGUAAACAAGUUGAUCUGUGUGAAAGCUUUGAAAACCAGGUACAAUGGUGAAGUAGGAGACAUUGUAGUGGGGCGAAUCACAGAGGUUCAACAGAAGCGGUGGAAGGUGGAGACCAACUCUAGGCUGGAUUCAGUCUUGCUUCUCUCAUCCAUGAACCUUCCUGGAGGAGAGCUGAGGAGAAGAUCUGCAGAAGAUGAGCUGGCAAUGAGAGGUUUCUUGCAGGAAGGAGACCUUAUCAGUGCCGAGGUGCAGGCCGUGUUCUCUGACGGAGCUGUCUCCCUGCACACGAGGAGCCUAAAGUACGGAAAGCUAGGUCAGGGUGUUUUGGUCCAGGUUUCACCCUCCCUGGUGAAACGGCAGAAGACUCACUUCCAUGACUUGCCUUGUGGCGCCUCAGUGAUUCUGGGGAACAACGGCUUUAUCUGGGUCUACCCUACCCCUGAGCACAAGGAGGAGGAUGCAGGGGGCUUCAUUGCAAACCUGGAGCCUGUCUCCCUUGCUGAUCGAGAGGUGAUCUCCCGGCUUCGGAACUGUAUUGUGUCGCUCGUAACUCAGAGGAUGAUGCUGUAUGACACCAGCAUCCUGUAUUGCUAUGAGGCGUCUCUUCCACAUCAGAUUAAAGACAUCUUAAAGCCUGAAAUAAUGGAGGAAAUUGUGAUGGAAACUCGCCAGAGACUUUUAGAACAGGAGGGCUAAGGAGAAGCAUCUGAAGAGCAGGACUGCGUGUUCCUGUCUGGAGCAGUUCUUGAAAGUGAACACCCUGAUCUGUGGUCCCAGAUGUGUGGCUCAGCAAAGCCCUAGGACUGGGAGUCUCGUCACUGGACCUACGUCAGGCUGCCUCCAGCCCACAGACCAGCUUUCUUAUGUUCGAAGGCAAAGCCUGGGAGAGGUGAAUCGCACCGCUGGCCCCUGGUGCUGCCUGCAGAUCCUGGCACUACGGGUGGUUUGGGGUCUUUAAAAGCACGCAAUGUUCCAGCUGAGUGGACUCCUAUCCUGUAAUACGGAGAAUCUUUUGUCUUCUCUCCAUCAAUUCACAAGGCACAAUGCCCCGUGAAAUUGCCCCUAUCAAAACAUGGCCUCCCUGACCCCCAAAUUAUCUGCUUUGGCUUCUGUUCCCACCUCCUCUACAGCACAAGUACAACAUGGAAGAAUAUAGUUGGUAAAGGUAACCCGGCAGUCAAAUGGAAGAAUAAAGUCAACCAAGCAGCCUUCUGUUUGGCUGGAAUCUUA